GGAGGAGAGGAGGAGGAGAUGAGAGGGGGUGGAGACGGGAGACGACUCCACCCCCAUCAAGGAGUGCUCCAUGACCUUCAGCAAGGAGGGCCAGGUGAGGAGGAGGAGGAGGAGGAGAGGAGGAGAGGAGGAGGAGGAGGAGAGGAGGGGGAGAGGAGAGGGGGUGGAGCCGGGAGACGCCUCCACCCCCAUCAAGGAGUGCUCCAUGACCUUCAGCAAGGAGGGCCAGGUGAGGAGGAGGAGGAGGAGGAGGAGGAGGAGAGGAGGAGGAGGAGGAGGAGAGGAGGAGAGGAGAGGGGGUGGAGCCGGGAGACGACUCCACCCCCAUCAAGGAGUGCUCCAUGACCUUCAGCAAGGAGGGCCAGGUGAGGAGGAGGAGGAGGAGGAGGAGGAGGAGAGGAGGAGGAGGAGGAGGAGAGGAGGAGAGGAGAGGGGGUGGAGCCGGGAGACGACUCCACCCCCAUCAAGGAGUGCUCCAUGACCUUCAGCAAGGAGGGCCAGGUGAGGAGGAGGAGGAGGAGGAGGAGGAGGAGAGGAGGAGGAGGAGGAGGAGAGGAGGAGAGGAGAGGGGGUGGAGCCGGGAGACGACUCCACCCCCAUCAAGGAGUGCUCCAUGACCUUCAGCAAGGAGGGCCAGUUUCAGAGCUUCCAUGUUCUCUCCAUCGAUCUGAGCUGUAACCCUGGGGGGCUCACUUUGAGCACGUCGUACAAGCCAGCAUGUCACAUAAAGCUGGACCCUCCGCCUCCACCAAAGGUCAACUCCUCCACCGUGUCCUGGGUCCCCCGCGCCGCCGCUCAUGGCCGUCUGUCCUCUUACAGCUCACAGCUGCAGUGGAAACAGGAGGCCCAGUCGUGGACGGACGCCUCGGUGCGGAAGAACGACUUCUCCGCAGAUCAUGAAUCGAUCUUCCCCGCGGAGCGGCAGCUGGACCUGGAUCAGCUGACGCGAGGCCAGCAGUACGAGGCCCGCACCCGAGCGAAGACCACCGAUAGAGACCUCAAGUCCAGCUGGAGCGACUGGAGCCCCGUUGCAUCGUGGGUAUCGAGCGUCGGGAGGACAAGACAACGGGCGCCAGAUCUCAAUGUAGCCGUCCUGGUCAUGGUCGCCACGGCAGCGGCGUUCGCCGUGUUUCUGGUGGGCGUCGGCUUCAAGACCAACAAAAGCAGCUGGGUUUACAUGGUGAAGAGCAUCACAGGGACGCCUGUCCCCAACCCGGCCAAGUCCUUCCUGCAGGACGUCGACUUCCAGAGCUGGUUGAGCCCUCACUUCACCGGCGAGUCCUUUCACUCCCUCCUCAAACCCGUGGAAAUGGUCUCCGUGGAGGUCAGCUCCGCCGUGGACGGCGUGGCGCGGCGCCACCCGGAGGCGGUGCUGCUGGAGAAGAUGAGGAGCGAAAGCAGCCACGAGUCGACCGGCUCCAACUUCUCCAACCCCAGUUACUCCGAGCUGUGUCCUCCUCCCGUCUCCUCGCUCACCGCGGGGAACCUGGCGCCCUGCGUCGCCGACACACCCUACGGGCCCGUUGGCGGUCAAGAGGAAACGGUGGAACAGGAAGUCAGAGGGGAAGAAGAAGAAUCGGAGGUCCGACUGCUGCUCUCCAAAGGCGGCGACUCCAUGCCGGUGGUGUCGGACUACGAGAGGGCCGAGAAGGUCCAGGUGGAGCGCGUCCGGCUCCAGAGUCUGGAUUCGGGCGUGUGCAGCGGCGAGGAGGUCAGCCAAGACAGCCUGGAGGCGGAUAGCAUGAAUGCAAUGCAGGGCGAGGAGGAGAGCGAGGAAGGGGACGGGCCAGAAGUCGAUGUUCAGAAGUUGCUGGGAGGUGUUUUGGGCAACGGGUCCAUCCGGGUUUGCUCCGGUUACGAGCGAGUCCAAACGCCGCCAGGCGGCCCCGAGCUCCGGAACACGGAUUCAGGCCUCAGCGGCGUUGGCGAGGAGGAGGCCGUGGAUGAAUCCUCCUCCUCCACCUGCCUCCUGCGUCCUCCUCCUUGCAGCUCCUCCCCAUGCUUCCUGCCCCUGUUCGCGGCGCCGCCGUCCAACUGCAGCGGGUCAGGGUUGAGUCCAGCUCAGGGACCUCUGCCCAGUCUUUUAUUGGAGUCCACGAGCAGGUCGGUGGAGCCCUCUGGUGACGGAUACAUGUAAGAGCGGCUUUACUUAACUCUCAAAGACCGGCUGCUUUCAAAGAAUGCUUUGGGUUUUAUUCUGAAUAUUAUCUCUCUAUUCAUAAUCUCAUUUUACUGCAGCUUCUUUGAGCAUAAAGAAAAAAACAUAAAAAAAUACGAGAAUAUUAUUAAAACAGAAACAAAAAGAGAAAAGAAAUAAGCUUCAUCCUCCCAAUUAUGCUCUGGUUGUUUUUAUAUACUGUAUAUAUAUAUAUAUAUAUAUAUAUAUAUAUAUAUACGAGGGACAUUGUAGGUAAAGUAAACCAAUUACUGAGCUGAGCAGGUGGGGGUGAUAUUCAGUAAAGUGGGAAAAUUAUGAGAAUAAACUGACAAAAUCUUAAAUCUAAAUUAGUUUAGUUUUAGGAGCCUCAUAGCUUCACUUUGCAAGUUUUGCUCCAGCGUUAAAAACUUGAGCUGCCGCGUGAGAAAUAGAUGAAAAUAUCUGAAUCUUAUGAGUUAUAUGACUUUUAUUCAUGACAUGUGCAGGAAACAUGACAGAAACCGUGGACGUGCGUCUUUCAGAUCAAAGUAGAAAUUAAAUUGAUGACUUAUUAAUCUCAGAGAGCAUUUUGUACGACUUUAUGCUCGUAAAUUCUUUGAUACGUUUGCAUUUUUUGGCUCUAACAGGUUUUUUGUGCCGAGCAUCUUUGUCUUCAUAGUGAAGAAUCGUGGGUUCAUGUUCAUGUUGAAUGCUUCCACACUCGUGAACUCUUUAACCAGAACAUUGCUCUCUAGCGCCCCUGGUGGUCGAAACCUCAGAGCCAUAACUUUAAUGGCAUAUAUUUAAAAAAAUAAAGAAUAUAUUUAUAUACUCAUUAUGGCAGCUAUAAUAAAAUAAUUUAAAAGUU